CUGACAUGACUUAUCAUGCGAAGUGCUUUAAGUCAUCAAGGACAGAAAUCACUCUUCUGCCCUCCCCUCCAUCUCCCCCCUCCCUUCCUACCCUGCAUCUCCCCCCUCUCCCGCCUCCCCUCCCUCCUCCAGGACAGCUCAGUGUCAGAGCUGGAGGUUGCCGCAGGGGCAGAACAGGCUCAGGACAGCGAAAGAGACAGGGACAUGGCCAGAGACAGGGAGAAGAGUAGGGCUAGCUUGGCCCAGACCUCAGCCUCAGAGCUGCCCUGUACCUCCCAUAGCAGCAGCAGACCCAAUCUGCUGUCACCGUUCACUGCAGGGGACUAUGUCCUCAGCUCCAGCCUCUCAGCAUGCUCCCUGCUCCCAGAGGGGGCUGUUGAGCCGAUGCAGAUCGAUGCUGACCCCCAGGAAGACCAGCAGAAUGCUCCAGACACUAACUAUGUGGUGGAAAACCCCACACUGGACCUGGAGCAGUUUGCGUCCAGCUACAGCGGUCUGAUGCGUAUUGAGAGACUGCAGUUCAUAGCACAACAUUGUCCCCAGCUCCGUGCCGAGGCCCUGAAGAUGGCCCUGUCCUUCGUCCAGAGGACCUUCAACGUAGACGUGUACGAGGAGAUCCACCGCAGACUCACCGACACCAAGCGACAGGCGCAGGGUGUCCCUGACGCGGUGCCUGAUGGGCCGGUGGAGGCCCCUCUCCUGGACGCAGCCUGGGCAGAGAGCACCAGGAAAAAGGCCCUUCUCAAACUGGAGAAGCUGGACACUGACCUCAAGAACUACAAGGGAAACUCCAUCAAAGAGAGCAUCAGGCGGGGUCAUGAUGACCUAGGGGACCACUAUUUAGACUGUGGAGAUCUCAGCAAUGCCCUCAAGUGUUAUAGCCGAGCCCGAGACUACUGCACUAGUGCCAAGCAUGUCAUCAACAUGUGUCUGAACGUCAUCAAGGUUAGCAUUUACCUCCAGAACUGGUCCCAUGUACUUAGCUAUGUCAGCAAGGCAGAAUCGACUCCAGAGAUAGCUGAGCAACGAGGAGAGAGAGACAGUCAGAACCAAUCUGUCCUCACCAAACUAAAAUGUGCUGCGGGUUUGGCAGAGCUGGCCUCUAGAAAGUACAAACCGGCCGCCAAGUGCUUCCUCCAGGCUUCAUUUGACCACUGCGACUUCCCAGAGCUCCUGUCCCCCAGUAAUGUAGCGCUGUAUGGAGGGAUGUGUGCCCUGGCCACCUUCGACAGACAGGAACUACAGAAGAACAUCAUCUCAAGCAGCUCCUUUAAGUUGUUUUUAGAGUUGGAGCCCCAGGUGCGUGACAUAAUCUUCAAGUUUUACGAAUCAAAGUACGCAUCCUGUCUGAAACUACUGGACGAGAUGAAGGAUAACCUUCUAUUGGACCUGUACCUGGCCCCCCACGUUAGAACACUGUACACACAGAUCAGAAACAGAGCCCUUAUACAGUACUUCAGCCCGUACGUGUCUGCAGACAUGACUAAGAUGUCCCAGUCCUUCAACACCACAGUGUUGUCUCUGGAGGAUGAACUGACCCAGCUCAUACUGGAGGGACUGAUCAACGCACGUAUAGACUCACACAGCAAGAUCCUGUAUGCGAGGGACGUGGACCAGAGGGGCCAUACGUUUGAGAAGUCUGUCCACAUGGGCAAGGAGUUCCAGAGACGAGCCAAAGCCAUGAUCCUCAGAGCUGCUGUGCUGCGCAACCAGAUACACGUCAAGUCCCCUCCUAGAGAAGGCAGCCAGGGGGAGCUAACAACAGCCAACAGCCAUACAACCAGGAUGAGCAGCACCAUGUGACAGGGACGUCCCAUCGUGACACCAUCGCUGGCUGUGUCUGGCACUCUCCUCCCUAUAUAGUGCACUACCCUAUGGGGUCCUGGUCAAAAGUAGGGCACUAUGUAGGGAAUAGGGUGCCAUUUGGUACGCAGACAAUGCCUGGUGCCUCUGAAUGAACAGAGGGAGUGUGGAGUGCCUGUCCACAACAGCCCUCAGGUAGUGCCCUUCUUUUGGCCAAGUCAAAGCUACAACUGCUGAGCUGGAGUCUGGCCAAAAGUAGGGCACAUGGUGUCAUUUGAGAAGCAGCCUAUGACAUGGCCCCAACGUUGGCAAAAAGAAACACCUGCGUCCCUCAAACGGCCCCCUGUCCCCUCAAAAGGCCCCCUGUCCCCUCAAACGGCCCCCUGUCCCCUCAAAAGGCCCCCUGUCCCCUCAAAAGGCCCCCUGUCCCCUCAAAAGGCCCCCUGUCCCCUCAAACGGCCCCCUGUCCCCUCAAACGGCCCCCUGUCCCCUCAAACAGCCCCCUGUCCUCUAUGGUGCGUUACUUUUUACCAGGGCCUACGUUUCCUGGUGGGAGAGAAGACAAGAACAAACAUACUGCAAGUUGGUGAAGAUACGAUGUCUGUUGACACAUGAGACCCAACAACACCUUGUUACUCAAAUGAAGUUAAAAGAAAUGAACGUUUUGGGAGAGACAAGGUACUUCCAGCUGUAGCUGGCUGGUUCUUUGUAAAGAGAUGCACUUUGUACCUGGUGACAAACACUGAUUACACAUUGGGAGGGAAAAACACAACCUCGACACAGAACAAGCGUUUAAUAAAGAUACAAAAUGA